GAGCGCGCCUGGGCUGGGAAAUGAGAAGGCAGGGAACCGGGUGCCUGGACCUUUGGGCAGCGAGGGGACGCAUUGGCAUCUCCGAGCUUUGGCGGGUGGAUGGAGUUGCAAGGCCAGAGUGCAUGGACCGCAGGCAAAAGGGAAAAACGUGGGGCAAGAACUUCCCACCGAAGGCAAGAGCAGCAAGCGAGAAGGAGACAGGGAAAGAUUUGCAAUGCCCCCAUAACUUCAAAACCACUCCAAAACAGCCCUUCAGGAGAUGAGGAUGGCAUGCCGCUAUAAAUUCAUUGUUCCACCUCCUCGCAUCCUCACAGCGCUCGCGCUGCUCCCGGGGCUCGCAGCAGUCGACUGGGGAUGACGGCGGGCGGCAGGACGCGGCCGGGCAGCGGACAGAGCGGGGACGCGCCGCUCCACCAGGCCGCCUCCAGGGAUUUGAUUUCAAUUUUAUGGCAUUUUUCCGUCUCUUUUUUGCCCUUGCUCCUGGUUCCAGCAGAGAAACCCACAAAAUAAGAAAGGAAGUGGGCCGGGGAGCUUGGAACCUCUGCAGCGGGAGAGUCCUCAGCAGCGAGGGGGCGGGAGGCGGCGCGCACCAGUUGCGGCCCGGGUGCGCUAUACCCACUUGAACUUUUUUGUUGUUGUUGCUUUUGUUUUUGCGUGCAUUGAUUGUGGCUGUUUGGGGUUUCUUGCUUCUUUUUCUCUUAUUUGCUGAAUCCUCACCACCUGGCUUUUCCUUUCUUCCCUCUCUCUCUCUCUCUCUCUCUCUCUCUCUCUCUCUCUCUCUCUCUCCUCUCUCUCUUUUUCUCCUCUCUCUCCCACAAAUCCAAACAUUUUCCACACCAACAAAGAAAAGUUCGCACUCUUAGCACCAGGGUCGGGACAGGUUGGCCGCGCGCUACUGUGGGUUCCCCCCCCCUCCACCCCACUCUGCAACACUUGACUCUCAACCUUGCAAGCAAGUGUGUGUGCGCGCGCGCGUGUGUGCGUGUGUGUGCGUGUGUGUGCGUGUGUGUGUGUGUGUGUGUGUGUGUGUGUGCGCGCAUCCCCCCCCCCCACCCCUGCAACUUCCCUGGCAAAUAGCAAAUACCCCUGGAGCCCCCGUGGCGCAGCCCCUCCCCGCGGGCAGCGCACUAUGCGGCUCGGGUGGGCGUCCCUGCUGCUGCCGCCGCUGCUGCUGCUGCUGCUGUGCGCGUGCUGCCCGUCCCUGGCCGCCGCCAGCCCCGCCGCGGCACCUGCCCAGGAUAAAGCCGGGCAGCCCCGGGCUGCUGCAGCGGCCGCCCAGCCCGGCCAGCGGCAGGGGGAGGAGACGCGGGAGCCCGCGGAGCCUCGGGGCUCCUAUCUUCCCGCCCCGGCCGCGCCGCCGCAGCGCCGGAGCAGCGGGCUGGUGCAGAACAUCGACCGACUCUACUCGGGAGGCGGCAAGGUGGGCUACCUGGUCUACGCGGGCGGCCGGAGGUUCCUGCUGGACCUGGAGAGGGACGACUCGGUGGGCGCUGCCGACUUCACUCCCGCAGGAGGAGGGCUGAGCUCCUCCGAGCGCCACCGGGGCCGCUGCUUCUACCGGGGCACCGUGGACGGUAGCCCUCGAUCCCUGGCUGUCUUUGACCUCUGCGGGGGUCUUGACGGCUUCUUCGCGGUCAGGCGCGCGCGCUACACCCUCAAGCCUCUACGGCGCGGGCCCUGGGCAGAGGCAGAGACCGGACGAGUGUAUGAUGGGAAUGGAUCUUCGAGGAUCCUACACAUCUACACCCGGGAGGGUUUCAGCUUCGAGGCCCUGCCACCACGCACCAGCUGCGAGACCCCUGCGGCCCCCACUGGCUCCCACCAGAGACCCCAGGCGCCAGGUAGUCACCGCAGACGCAUGGCUUUGGCCCUCCCGAGGCUCCCGGACCAGGACCACCGGUCGGCUGGGGACCCGGGACCACAGACGUGGUGGAGGAGGCGGCGUCGCUCCAUCUCCCGGGCCCGCCAGGUGGAGCUGCUCCUGGUGGCUGACUCGUCCAUGGCACGGAUGUACGGUCGGGGCCUGCAGCAUUACCUCCUGACCCUGGCCUCCAUCGCCAACCGGUUGUACAGCCACGCCAGCAUCGAGAACCACGUCCGACUGGCCGUGGUGAAAGUGGUCGUGCUGGGCGACAAGGACAAGAGCCUGGAGGUGAGCAAGAAUGCGGCCACGACUCUCAAGAACUUCUGCAAGUGGCAGCAUCAGCACAACCAGCUGGGCGACGACCACGAGGAACACUACGAUGCGGCCAUACUGUUCACUCGAGAGGAUUUAUGUGGACAUCAUUCAUGUGACACCCUGGGAAUGGCAGACGUUGGGACCAUAUGUUCACCGGAGCGCAGCUGUGCUGUGAUUGAAGAUGAUGGCCUCCAUGCUGCUUUCACUGUGGCUCAUGAAAUUGGACAUCUACUUGGUCUCUCCCAUGACGAUUCCAAAUUCUGCGAAGAGAACUUUGGCUCCACUGAAGAUAAGCGUUUAAUGUCUUCUGUCCUAACCAGCAUCGACGCAUCCAAGCCCUGGUCCAAAUGUACUUCAUCGACCAUCACGGAGUUCUUGGAUGACGGCCAUGGUAACUGUUUGCUAGACCUACCACGAAAGCAGAUUCUGGGUCCUGAAGAACUCCCAGGACAGAUCUAUGAUGCCACCCAGCAGUGCAACCUGACAUUUGGGCCUGAGUACUCUGUGUGUCCGGGCAUGGAUGUCUGCGCCCGCCUAUGGUGUGCCGUGGUGCGCCAGGGUCAGAUGGUGUGUCUGACCAAGAAGCUGCCUGCUGUGGAAGGGACACCCUGUGGGAAGGGCAGAAUCUGCCUUCAGGGCAAGUGUGUGGACAAAACCAAGAAAAAAUAUUAUUCAACUUCAAGCCAUGGAAACUGGGGUUCCUGGGGCCCCUGGGGCCAGUGUUCUCGCUCAUGUGGGGGAGGAGUGCAGUUUGCCUAUCGCCACUGUAAUAACCCUGCACCACGAAACAGUGGCCGCUACUGCACUGGGAAGAGAGCCAUUUACCGUUCCUGCAAUGUGAUGCCCUGCCCACCUAGUGGUAAAUCCUUCCGUCAUGAGCAAUGUGAGGCCAAAAAUGGCUAUCAAUCUGAUGCAAAAGGAGUCAAAACAUUUGUAGAAUGGGUCCCCAAAUAUGCAGGUGUCCUGCCGGGAGAUGUGUGCAAACUGACCUGCAGAGCCAAGGGCACUGGCUACUAUGUGGUCUUUUCUCCAAAGGUAACCGAUGGGACGGAAUGUCGACCAUACAGCAAUUCAGUCUGUGUCCGAGGAAGGUGUGUGAGAACUGGCUGUGAUGGUAUCAUUGGAUCCAAGCUACAGUAUGACAAAUGUGGAGUCUGUGGAGGAGACAAUUCCAGUUGUACAAAGGUCAUUGGAACCUUCAAUAAGAAAAGUAAGGGUUAUACCGAUGUUGUGAGGAUUCCUGAAGGAGCAACCCACAUAAAAGUCCGGCAGUUCAAAGCCAAAGAUCAGACGCGAUUCACUGCCUACUUGGCCCUAAAGAAGAAGAAUGGUGAGUACCUCAUCAAUGGCAAGUACAUGAUCUCCACCUCUGAGACCAUCAUCGAUAUCAAUGGGACUGUCAUGAACUACAGCGGGUGGAGCCACAGGGACGACUUUUUGCAUGGUAUGGGCUACUCAGCCACAAAAGAAAUUCUAAUCGUGCAGAUUCUUGCAACAGACCCAAGCAAAGCAUUAGAUGUCCGUUACAGCUUUUUUGUUCCCAAGAAAUCGACUGCAAAAAUAAACUCUGUUAUGAGCCAUGGCGGCAAUAAAGUGGGAUCGCCUACUCCUCUGCUUCAGUGGGUGACAGGCCCAUGGCUGGCAUGUUCUAGGACCUGUGACACAGGCUGGCACACCAGGACGGUGCAGUGCCAGGAUGGAAACCGGAAGUUAGCCAAGGGAUGCCUUCUCUCUCAGAGACCUUCUGCAUUUAAGCAAUGUUUGCUGAAGAAAUGCUAGCCUGUGGUUUUGCUUUCUAUGCACAAAGACACUUGGAGGACCCAUCACAGACAUAGUUGUGGUGAAGUGAAGUCUACCCAAUGCACAGAUAGCCAUGCUUCAAUGUUAUUCUCACCAGGAGUCAAAUUAUGAGCAGAAUCUGCUCUCUGUGACCAAAAGAAAAUGAACACUGCUUUGUGUCAUAAUGGUGACUUUGGAACAUAGAAAAGUCUGGGAGUUACAAGGAUCCCCUGGACCUACAAGAAUGAGACAAACAUGGACGAAUGUAGAAUCAGAGAACAUAUGAAGUUGGCAAAGCAAUCUUCCCCCUUUGUCACCUACCUCUUAUACAAUGUCUACAAAGGCAUCGUAAUCACUUUCACCCACAAUGCACAGUAGCUUAUUUUUACUGUUUGUAAAUACAUGCCCGCUUGCUAUGUCACUUUAUAUCUCUUGGUUCUAUUAAUAUAUAUUUCUAUAAAAAUGUGUUUGACCAAAGUAGGUCUGCAGCUACUUCCACCCCAAGUUGCCAGAAAGAGCUGUGGAUGAUAUACUGGAAAUUAAGAACUUGCUGCUGUGUAAUAAGACUUAGUAUAUUUUCUGACUGCAGGAAAUAACAUUCUUGUCAAAAACCCAUUUUGAAAGAAAGUAUCUUCUGAGUAAUUCUGGAAAGAAAAAGAAUCCUAGUGUGUCUGGUAAUUCAAAUACUUAUGCAGGUCUAUCUAUUCCAUAUUUGACUGCCUCUAUGUUUUUUCAGGCAGCCAGACAAAUUAAGGCAUAAUUAGGAUGUAGUAGUAUUUGCCUAUGCAUAUGUCAUCAGUAUCCAAGAGUAUAAAACUUGGUAUCAUUGUGUUGGAACUUAACUUAAGAACAAAAAGUUGUUACUGUUUCCCAAUUAUAUUUUCACAGCUGCUGACUUUCUAUGGCUCCAGUCUGAUAUGUAAUAAUGUGUAAUGUGCACAUAGAACACACAGCAUCAAUUUCAGUCACACCCAAUACUUUCAAUACUGGUAUACCUCUUACCAGCAAGCCUCUAAAAUGUUAUGUAUUUGCUUGUCUGUUUUGUUUAAAGGGUUCCAAACAACUGAUGUUGUAUACUACAUAUUGGCCUGGUUUAAUAGGAAUAUUAAAGAUUAUUUGCUAUUUUGCCACAGUUAGAAGGAACAAUUGUUAUUAAUGUGGUUAAUGCAAGAAGCAAACAUGAUUAGCAUUAUUAAUAAGACUGUUUCCACAGCAUAGGCAAUAAUUUCACAGAGCUUAAAUAUAAGUAUAUACCUACUAAUAUAUUAAAGAUUUGUUUUUCCAAUUGGUAAGUGUUUGGUUGUAUCAGUAAGUGUUCGAGUGACAAAAUGUAAGGAUUUUCAGGAAGGUUUUUCCGGUACAGGUAGGUGAUGCUUGAAUAGUUGCAUAGUUAAAAAUAUUUCAUCAUGAUACACAUAAUAUCCUUUAGAUUGUAAACAGCACAACUCCAUUCUGUAACUCAGAAAACAUAAGGCAUUAUAUUCCAUUGGGAUUUCUCUGUGAAAUACUGCAAAGCCAAUUGUUUUAUAUAAAUGUGAUAAUGAUCAUACCAAAUGUGCCUAUCUUAAAGAUUUACAUACAGAGAUUUUUGGGAAUCAUUUUUAAGUUCCAUUAAACAUA